GGAGAGCCACACCGCUCGUAACCGUUACAUUUCAAACACACGAUUGCAACCGAGAGGAAGACGAAGAAGUUACAGAGAUAGAAGGGAAUGGGUUGCAUCUCCUCCAAACCACUCGCCGAAGACGAUCUCGACCCCGGGAUCUUCAUCUCCGACGGCGUCGGAUUGGCCAGCGAGUGCCCCAACCACGUCGUCUUGCUCACCUCCACCACCUACGGCGUCCUAAACCUCGACCGUAGUGAACCUCACGGGAAGAAGUGCGACGCCGAAGAAGCAGAGGAAGUCAUCAAGAGGGAAUGCAGGAGAUCUCCUCGUGCUGAUCUCACCAUCGAUCGAUUCGAUAAGAGCGUCGCGAAGGAAGUGCCCUCGGAGGUCAUCGAUGCACGGGAACUCAUGGAGGACCUAGUCGACGAGACGCCGUUCUGGACACCGCUAAAGAAGCCCGCGAAACUCCAUGCUUCGAAGGUCUCGGCGUCGCCCAAGAAGCAGAUAAGGAGAGCGUUAGGGAAGGAGAACGCGCCGCAGCGGCGGGAUCCUAAAAGCGGGGAUCUUGACAAGAAUCGGAUACUGAGGCCCUUCAGUUCUUCGGACAACGGGAAGCGGAUCGGAUUAGCAGCGCAGACUCCGUGCAAGAACAGUCUCACUGAUGCCGGCAAGGCAUCCGGGAGAGAUUCUAGGGGGUCUGCGUCGAGGAGGAGUCUGAGCCCUUUCUUUGAUCCAGAGCUCGUUGCGUCCCUGGAGAGGGAAUACUUUCAGGAAGGGGAGCAGAUAAAAAAGAUGGUUCUUUUAUCUCCUAGAAACCGAAAAGCCCAUGAUCCCAGUUUCCUGCUUCGGUCCUACCAGGAGAAGUGCCCUCCGGGAGGACAGAACACGGUGGUUCUGUACACGACGACGCUGCGGGGGAUAAGGAAGACGUUCGAGGACUGCAAUGCCGUCAGAUCCACGCUAGAGUCCUACCAUGUCCGAAUCAUGGAGAGGGAUAUCUCCAUGGACUCGGGAUACCGAGAGGAACUGAGGUCGCUAAUGGGAUCAAAGGAAGUCAAGGUCCCUGCAGCUUUCGUCAGGGGGAGGCUCAUCGGCGGCGCCGAGGAGGUGCUGAGGUUGGAAGACGAAGGGAAACUGGAGCUGCUUCUGGAGGGGAUUCCAAGGGCGGCGUCAUCCUGCGAGGGCUGCGCUGGGUUGAGGUUCAUCAUGUGUAUGGAUUGCAGUGGCAGCUGCAAGGUGUUGGAUGAAGAGCAGAAGAAGAUGGUGAAGUGUGGAGUCUGUAACGAGAAUGGUCUAAUUCACUGCCCCAUAUGUUGCUGAGCAAACUGUCCUCCUUUCCUGCAACUCUGUAAGUGUUGGCCACUCCACUCCUCCAUACCAACACUUGCAUCCUCCAUUGAUCGUUCCAAUUUAUUUUCUUGUAUUAUUUGUGCUUAUUCGACUGGAGCUCAUCACAAUGCUA